UACAAAAUGCUCCCCACGUCCCUCGUGCACGCCCCACUGUCAGGCACGUUCAAAUAGCCAGCUAUCGAAAUGUAACAACAAUAAUUUAACCCCCAGAAUCUGCAGCCCGUUAGCCAUUAAUUGAGCUACGUUUCACAGUGACAUCCCGAUUAUUAUUGUGAUGUGUAGUUCUCUUCGGCUUUCUGUCUCAGUUUGGCACAUGAAACUACAUUGACGUCACUUUUGGGAGUGGGGACUGCGCGAGGAAGACGAGAAUGAAUCGCUAGCUGGCGUGGUGUACGGAAAGAAGUGUUUUUUUCUCUUUCUCUCUCCCUCAUACAAAAGCUCUUUUGCUAUAAAACAAUUUUCUCCACGUAGCGCGGACAGGAUAUGCGCGCAACUGGACACGGAGAAUAACCCUGUCACCCAUUAAACAAAUAGGACUUUGUUGAACUUCUGCAGGGAGUUGUUGGAAGUACAAACACACCUACAGUGAGUCUUUACACCGCGUUUGGCAGGUAGGGAAGUGCAGCCGGAAGAACUUGCAAUUCAAGAAGUGGAAUUUGCAUAAUGAUUUAUUAAAGUUCGCGACUGUUUACAGUUUCCCCCCUUAAGUGUGCGUUGUUCAAGUGUGCACGCUUCUGCAAAGUUUCAAAAAAGUUUCAAACUCUGAAUAUCGAAAAGAAGCAACCAUGACGGAGCUGAGGAAAAAGAAGAUAUUCGUCAUAGUGGACGUGCUGUGUGUGGUGGUAGCCGCGCUGCCCUUUGUGAUCAUGACCUUGGUGUUCCGGCCCUACCAGCGGGGCGUGUACUGCGACGACGAGAGCAUCAGGUACCCGCUCAGACCGGACACCAUCACGCACGGCCUGCUGGCGGCCGUCACCAUCUCCUGCACCGUCAUCAUCAUAUCCUCUGGAGAGGCCUACCUGGUGUACAGCAAGAAGAUCUACUCCAACUCGGACUUCAACCAGUACGUGGCGGCGCUCUACAAGGUGGUGGGCACCUUCCUGUUCGGCGCCGCGGUCAGCCAGUCGCUGACGGACCUGGCCAAGUUCACCAUCGGGCGCCCGCGCCCCAACUUCAUAGCCGUCUGCGCCCCCAAAGUCUGCCAGGGCUACAUGCCGCAGAUAAACUGCACCGGCCCCCCGCGGGCCGUCACUGAGUCCAGGUUGUCGUUCUACUCUGGACACUCCUCCUUUGGGAUGUACUGCAUGCUGUUUCUCGCGCUCUACGUGCAGGCCCGGCUGGUGGCAAAAUGGGCGCGGCUCCUUCGGCCCACCAUACAGUUCUUCCUGGUGGCCUUCGCCCUGUACGUGGGCUACACCCGCGUCUCCGACUACAAGCACCACUGGAGCGACGUUCUGGUGGGCCUCCUGCAGGGGGCGCUCAUCGCCGUCCUCAACGUGCGCUACGUGUCGGACUUCUUCAAGAAGAGGUCCCCGCGCUGCUCGAACCCGGACACGCCGGAGGGGGAGGAGCUGGAGGUGAAGCCGAGCCUACAGAUCGCGGACGGCGACCAUAGCAACCAUUACAGCUACCCGGGGUCGGUGUGAGGGGGGGCAUGUCCGCCACCUAGUGACUCACCCCAAAUCCCACCCCCCGCCCA